AUUUGAAAACAAACAAUUUUUAGGUGUUUUGAGUAUCCAUGGUCUCCCCUCUAAUUCGUUGCAGUGAAAUUUCUUCAUUGCAAUUUGCAAGUUUGCAACAACCUAAGAAAAAACCGGAAAAAAUUAAUCAGGAGAAAAAUAAUCAGAAAAAAACAAUUUAUUUAAAACCCUUGUUUUUUUUUUAAAAAAACCACACUUUUCAGUUUCCACCAUUUUCAACUCCUUAAGUUUUCUCUCUCAUCCUUACUCUCACUCUAGCAUAAAAAAUGGAGGUCGAAGCGAACAUGGAAAUCCCCGUCACCGACAACGGCGAGAAGAAGCGGAAUUUCAAGAUCGACUUCACUGAGCUUUUUGGCGAAGAUCACGAUGACGAACCUGAGCAAGAGCUUGUCGUUGUUCCUGAUAAUCCUCGGCGUCGAAAGUCGAAGAAGGAGAGGAAAUUGGAGAAGGAAGAUGAUCCUCCUUCUGUGUCUAGUUGUGGAGAAGACUUGAUUUCGAAGAAUGUUCACGACUUGAAAUCAACAAUUGAUAGAAUAAAUAAAAAUUUAUCUACAUUGUCCGGUAAAUUGCCUGAUGGUGGUGCUAAGCUCAAGGCUAAAUUGCAAGCUUAUGAGGAUGAAUUGAAACGUCGCCAAGAUUGCCGUUCUCAUGAGGUUUCUAAUGGAUUUGAAAGGCCCAUACACCCAGAGAGUUCUAGUACCAAUGGUGCGUUAGAUGAAUCUAAGGGACCAGAAGUAUUAUCUCAACCCCCAUCAAUGUCAAACUUUGCCUCCAUUUUUUUGAAGAAGCUGGAAAAUGGUAGCCCGAAAUCAGAACAGAAUACCAGUAAUCAAGCAAGCAAUGCACUUGUUGAUGAAAUUUCAUAUAUUAACCCUUGUGGAAAGUCUAAAAGGAAAUCUGUUGAGAAGAAUCUAGAAAGUGAAAGGGCAAAACAUGGGCUAGGUUCCAAGAAUUUUCAUGUGUGGAAGCCAGAAGAACGUUCUCCUCAUUGCCGUGGAAAAUACAAGCGACUAAAUGAAAUGCUGGCCGGUACAUGUUCUUCAAUGGGUUCUCUUCCUCAUGUUGAGGAAAAGACAAAUGGCCUCGCUACUGACAAUGAUGACUCUCAAGCUCUGAAUUAUAAUGAAUCAAAGAAUGAGAAGGAAGGACACCCAGUGGUUUUGGUGGAUGAGGAGGAGCCUGGGUUUAUACAGAGAAAACAAGAAGUUAAAGAACUUCCAACUAAGCCUAGCGAGGGAAAGAUCUAUUAUCCAUCUAGGGAUGAUCCUGAAUCUCUUGAAAUUUUACGCUCAGAACUAAAAUGCCUAGAACCUGGGGAGUGCUUGACCUCAACUAUCAUGAACUUUUAUGUAAGAUAUCUCCAGGAAUAUUGCUCACAACCUGAUUUGUUGGAUUCCUACUUUUUCAAUACAUACUUUUACUGCAAGCUCCAAGAAGCUGUAGCAUACCAGAAGAGUGACAAAGAAGCUUUUUUUAUGAAGUUUAGAAGGUGGUGGAAAGGUGUCAAUAUAUUUCAGAAGGCAUACAUUUUUCUUCCAAUAAAUGAAAAUAACCAUUGGAGCUUGGUGAUAAUAUGCAUCCCUGACGAGGAAGGUGAAUCUGGACUGACCUUACUUCAUCUAGAUUCCUUGGGCUGGCACUGUAGUGCUUCGAUUUUUGAUAACAUCAAGAGUUUGUUGGUAAAUGAGUGGAAGAUUCUAAAUGAAGAUGUUGGUGCCGUUGAUAUUCCUGUACCUGAUAGAAUUUGGAGAAAUCUUCCUCGUAGAAUAGACCAGAAAAUUGUUACGGUUCCCCGGCAGACUAAUGAUUACGAUUGCGGUCUCUUUGUAUUAUACUACAUGGAGCGCUUUAUUCAGGACGCACCUAGGAGACUGAUGAAGCAAGACUUAUCCAUGAUACGUCGUACCUGUAACGGAUCUUUGUUUGGCAAGAACUGGUUCAAACCUCAAGAAGCUUCAAAAUUGAGAGGGAAAAUAAAAAGGAUACUCCAGGACGAAUUUCACAAGGCACUAAAACAGGACGAUUGGACCUGGGAGCCUGUUUGUUUGUCUGCAAAUGCUGCAACAGCAAAAAGUAUAGACGGUUCUGAAACUUGAUGAUAGGUGAAACAUUGUCCUCUAUCCCUAUAUUUUGUAGAGACUAACUACUGCAGAAUGUAGACCUCUCUCGCCACAUUUGUGUAGCACCAACGAGGGCACAGAUGCAUAGAAGCUGCACAUACAUUUUCGAGUUAGCUAUGUAUAGACUAGAGUUAGGUCUGGACCCAUCGUUACAUUUAAGGAAAACUUACUGGGCAGCCGUUGUUUGGUUUUAAAAAGGAAAGAGUCGUUUUCAAGUCUGUCUUGCCCAUUGUACAUAAUUGGGGCGGAUUUCUGUAAUUAACAAUGGUGCCUUUGAAAGUCAUCCUAGACCCUCCUUUUCCAAAUGUAUCAACCAUGUCCGUGUGCUUGAUGAUUAUGUAUAAAAACCUUGUUUGGAGCUAGAGUUGAAUAAAAUUGGUUUUCCCUGCUACC